ACGGUGGGUGCUGAAAUUGUAGUAGUGGCGCAGUGCGGGAGACAGCAGCUGUGGUGGCGGGAGCGCAGGGGCGGGCGCCAUUGGCUUGGAGCGCAGUGCCUGACCGCGGCUCAGCUCCUCCCUGUCUCCUCUACUCCCGCCCUUUGGGCCGAGGCUGUCACCGCGCCGCGCGAGGAGGAGGCGCUGCCGCUGCUGCUGCCGCCGCCGCCGUCGCCGCCGCCGCCGCGCCUGACGCCGGGCGUCCGGCGCUGCCGGCAUGUUUGACAGGACGCGGCUGCCCUUCGUGGCUCUGGAUGUGAUCUGCGUGGUACUGGCUGGCUUACCACUUGGUGUUCUAAACUUGGCCAAAGUAAAACCGUAUCAGAGAGGCUUUUUCUGUAAUGAUGACAGCAUCAAGUAUCCGUUCCAUGACAGUACCAUCACAUCCACUGUCCUCUACACAGUGGGGUUCACCCUGCCCAUUUUCUCUAUAAUCCUAGGAGAGACACUCUCUGUCUUUUAUAAUCAUUUACACUCAAAUUCAUUUGUCAGAAAUAGCUACAUAGCCACUAUUUACAAAGCCAUUGGGACCUUCAUUUUUGGAGCAGCUGCUAGCCAGUCAUUGACGGACAUUGCCAAGUACUCCAUAGGUAGACUACGUCCUCACUUCCUUGCCGUAUGCCAGCCUGACUGGGCACGAAUCAACUGCAGCCUAGGUUACAUUGAGAACUUCUCUUGUCAAGGAGACAAAGCAAAAAUCAAUGAGGGAAGACUGUCGUUUUACUCUGGCCAUUCUUCAUUCUCCAUGUACUGCAUGCUCUUCCUAGCACUUUACCUUCAGGCCAGAAUGAAAGGAGACUGGGCAAGACUUGUGCGGCCUACUUUACAAUUUGGUCUCAUUGCUGCAUCCAUUUACGUGGGUCUCUCACGUGUGUCUGAUUACAAGCAUCACUGGAGUGACGUUUUAACAGGACUCAUUCAGGGAGCAGUGGUAGCUGUGCUCAUUGUUGUGUAUGUGUCUGACUUCUUCAAAGUGAGAGGAUGUACAUUUCAACCAAAAGAAGAUUCACAUACAACUCUCCAUGAGACUCCAACAAAUGGAAAUCACUUUGGCAGCAAUCAUCAACCGUGACCGAAUGACCCACCUCACCUGUCUUACUCUCUGGAAGAAGAAAAAACAAUUACAGUUCUUUAACUAUGUAAUAUAAAUAAAUGCCUUUAAGGGACUGCUGCUGCUCUUGUAUGCUCACUUUACCUGUAUAUAGUAACACCUACCACAGUUACUGAAUAUCUAAACUUUAUGUUGGUUUAAGCUUUUGCUUGAAAGAAAAAAGCUAUUACAAUUUCAUUUUUUUAUUGAAAACAUGGUAUCAGUUAUAUACUACAUAAACUGCUGUUUGUACAUGCCUUGUUGAAACAACUGUGGUUUAAAUGCACACCAAUAAAAGAAAUAAAAACUUGAGAUGGAAGUA